AGAAAAGCAGAGUGGGAGAAAGUUGUGUUUUUGUGUAUGCUAAUCUGCACCAUGCAGCGCGACAUUGAUGCGUUCUCUUCAGCACCGGGGCUGAAUUGUUCACUUUUGCUCCGCUGUGCGAGGCAGAGUGAGCGGCAGAGAGGAGAGAGCACAUCAGAAUCGCGUGGAAACAGCAGGAUCGCGUACCACUUGGCCGAGAGAUCGAUGCACUUGUGCCGAGCCACACAGGAAGGGUGAGCGGCCCCCGGUGUACUGCUGCCACACAGGCUGAGCGAGAGUCGCCGAGGGGACACGGAGGCGUGCGAGAGGGGAGACGAAUAUCCGGGGCCAAUUUCGAAAGCUUUCAGCUGUUCACUCAGAGCAGUUGCAGCCCAGAGGACCAAGGCGAAAACAACCAACUGUCGGCGGGAGCUCUCAAGGUGCGGAGUCGGAGAGAGACUGGCAACAAGAGAACAAAGUGCUCACAGAAAAAGGUGUGAGUGGAAAGGAGUGGUGAGGUUUCAUUGCAGCAUGCCACUUUCACAGCAGCACCACGGGGCCACUGUGCCCAUAAAAAGCCGGAUCCUGGUUUUGGCUCUGUCUCUCGCUCUACAGGGCGCGGCUCAUGCUGCUCCAUCAGGAGACAACAAGCUGGUUCGUACCACCAGAGUGAGGAGACAGACUCCGGAGGGGGAUCUGCCACCUUACUCGACCAACCAGACACUGCAGGAGCAACCCUUGGUCUUUAACCACGUCUACAACAUCAAUGUUCCCUUAGAGUCUCUGUGCUCUGUCGACCUGGACGCCGCUGCGCCACCUGCCCCGGGUGACGGUCCACGUGGUGAGCUGGCGUCCAAACCUCACGUGGAGGGUCCAAUGGAUCCAACUGGACCAGCAGAAUACACUGAGCAGACACUGGAUGCUGACAGCCAGGUCACAUUUACUCACCGCAUCAACAUCCCAAAGGCUGCAUGCGGUUGUGCAGUAACAACCACGAUCCAGCAGCUCGCCACCAGGGUGGAGAUGCUGGAGAGGGAAGUUUCCCUGCUCAGAGCUCAGUGUGGAUCUGGAUGCUGCGGUGAGAGCUCAGUCAUGGGUCGUUUGGACUUUGUCCCGGGCUGCAGUGGCCAUGGCAGCUUCAGCUUCGACUUCUGCGGCUGCAUCUGUGAAGAAGGUUGGACUGGCAAAAACUGCUCUGAGCCUCGCUGCCCGGACGACUGCUCCGGCCAGGGGGUGUGUGUUGAAGGGGAGUGCGUGUGCGACCGUGACUUCGGAGGCGACAACUGCUCAGAGCCACGGUGCCCUUCGGACUGCUCGGGCCGCGGGUUGUGCAUCGAUGGGGAGUGCGUGUGCGAGGAGUCCUUCACCGGCGAAGACUGCAUGGUCGGGAGGUGUCUCAAUGACUGCUCGGACCAGGGGUUGUGUAUCAACGGGACGUGCCAGUGCCGGCCCGGCUACGUGGGGGAGGACUGCUCGCUGGUGUACUGUGCCAACAACUGCAGCAAGAAGGGAGUCUGCAAGGAGGGUUUCUGCGUCUGCCAGGAUGGCUUUGCUGGAGAUGACUGUAACUCUGUGGCACCUGUCAUGAACUUGAUGGUCCGAGGGGUGACCGAUCGCACUAUUGACCUGGAGUGGGAUGGCUCGGUUGUGUCGACAGAUUUCUUGGUGACCUACACACCGAGCAGCCCCGGAGGUGUGCAACUAGAGAUAAGGAUUCCAGGCAAUACCACCACCUGCACAAUCUCGGGCCUGGAAGCAGGCAUGGAGUACAACAUCAACGUGUUUGCUGUCAUUAACAACAGCAUCAGUGUCCCGGACAGCAUCGCUGCUUGGACAUAUCUCUCCAAUCCGGAUGGUUUAGUCUUCAAAUCCAUCACGGAGACGUCUGUGGAGGUCCACUGGCAGCCCUUCUACUAUUCCUUCGAUGGAUGGGAGAUCAGCUUCAUUCCCAAGGACAACGAUGGAGGGAUGACUGCUCAGCUGCCCAGCACCAUCACUUCCUUUGUGCAGACCGGUCUGAGACCAGGGGAAGAGUAUACCGUUAACUUGGUGGCGCUCCGAGACCAGGGCCGAAGUCAGCCAGUCACUGCUACCGUCACUACAUUGAUUGAUGGCCCCACUCAGCUGAUCGUGCGGGAUGUGUCAGACACGGUGGCGUUUGUGGAGUGGACACCACCGAAGUCGAAGAUUGAUCAGAUCGUGUUGCGUUACGGCCUGGUGGGAGGUGAAGGGCCGCGGACCACCUUCCGCCUGCAGCCCACACUCAGCCAGUAUUCACUGCAGGUUCUGCGUCCUGGCUCGCGUUACGAGGUGUCUGUCAGAGGUUUGAGGAAAGGAAAUGAGAGCGGAUCCAUUUCCACAGAAUUUACUACCGCUUUAUCGUUCUUCUCAGAAAUUGAUGCCCCCAAGAAUUUGCGGCUUGUGUCCAAGACCUCCACCACCCUCGAGCUUGAAUGGGACAACAGUGAAGCAGAGGUGGAGGGCUACCAGGUGGUGUACAGCACUUUAGCGGGAGACCAGUAUGAUAAAGUCAUUGUACCACGGAAUGAAGGAGCCAGCAGUAAGACCACUCUCACAGACCUGCUUCCAGGCACCGAGUACGGCAUCGGCAUCUCCGCCAUGAAAGGCAGCAACCAGAGUACACCGGCAACCAUGAAUGCCAGGACCAGUCUGGAUGUGCCCAUGGAUUUAACUGUGACGGCCUCUACCGACAACACCAUCACUCUGGUGUGGGGUGUGGUCCAGGGCCCCAUCGACCACUACAAGGUCACCCACACAUCCUCCUCUGGCGUCACUGCUGAGCUGACGGUGCCUAAAGAUGUAACCACCACCACUCUGACAGACCUUGAGCCCGGGACAGAGUACACCAUCACUGUAGCGGCAAGUCGAGGAAGACAGCAGAGCACUGCAGCUACCAUAGACGCAUUCACAGGAAUCAGACCCGUAACCCACCUCUACUUGUCGGAGGUGACUUCAGACUCUGUGUCGGUGGCGUGGAGCGCGCCAGCACCGCCCGCUGACCUCUUCAUCCUAAGCUACAGCUCUGCCGACGGGACCGACACCUCUAAGGUGACGCUGGACGGCUCCAAGACAAGGUCACUGGUCCAGGGGCUGCUGCCGUCCACUCCGUACACCAUCAGUCUAAUCACAAUUCAGGGGGAUGUUACCUCUGAGCCUAUCACAGCGUCUCUCACUACAGGCAUAGACCCACCGAAAGAGGUGAUGGUGACAGAUGUGACUGAAGACGCAGUGACUAUCUCCUGGAUCAAACCGAUGGCUUCGUUCGAAUACUAUAAGCUGUCUUACCAGUCAGUCAGAGGUCGAGUGGACAGCGUGGUGAUUGACAGUGAUGUGACCAACUACACCUUGUCCAGUCUGUUUCCCGCUACGGAAUAUGAGAUCAGCCUCAACGCUGUCAGAGGGAGUCAGGAGAGCAAAGUGGUCAGCAACUCGGUCUUCACAGCGAUGGACAUGCCAGCUGAGUUGACGGCCCUCAACAUCACUCCACAAGGAGCCCUGCUCAGGUGGACUUCUCCUCUGUCCAAUGUUGACAACUAUGUGCUGACGCUCACUCACAACCAGGUGACAGCUGAUACUUUACUUGUGGAAGGCAACAAGCAGGAGCACCAGCUGUCCAACCUUAAGCCAAGCACUGCCUACUCUGUAGCCCUCUACGCCACCAAAGGACCCCUCACCAGCGGCACAGUCAUCACCAAUCUCCAAACACCCAUGGAUGCACCCCUGAACCUGACAGCCAGUGAAGUGAAUCACCGCAGCGCUCUCAUCUCCUGGCAACCGCCAAUCGCUGAGAUUGACAACUACAUGCUCACCUACAAGUCAACUGACGGCAACCGUAAAGAGUUGAUCCUGGAUGCAGAGGACACUUGGAUUCGACUGGAGGGGCUGGCUGAGACCACAGAGUACACUGUCAAGCUCCAGGCAGCGAGAGGACUUGACACCAGCGCUGUCGUCUCCACCACUUUCACUACAGGGAGUCGUCUAUUCGCAACACCUCAGAAUUGUGCCCAACACCUGCUGAAUGGAGAGACGCUGAGUGGUGUCUACACGAUUUACAUCAACAGAGACCCGAGCCAGGGAGUGCAGGUGUACUGUGACAUGAGCACUGAUGAAGGAGGUUGGAUUGUGUUCCAGCGUCGUCAGAACGGCCUGACAGACUUUUCCAGGAAGUGGAGUGACUACCGAGUUGGCUUUGGAAACUUGGAGGAUGAGUUCUGGCUUGGUCUAGACAACAUCCAGAGGAUGUCCGCUCAGGGCCGCUAUGAGCUGAGGAUCGACAUGAAGGAUGGACAGGAGUCGGUCUACGCCAAUUAUGACAAAUUCUCCAUUGGAGAUGCGAGAAACCUCUACAAGCUCAGGAUUGGAGAGUACAACGGCACUGCUGGUGACUCUCUGAGCUACCACCAGGGCCGGCCUUUCUCUACAAAAGACAGAGACAAUGACAUCGCCGUCACCAAUUGUGCCUUGUCCUACAAAGGAGCCUGGUGGUACAAGAACUGCCACCGGGCCAACCUCAAUGGAAAAUACGGCGAAUCCAGACAUAGUCAGGGCAUCAACUGGUACCACUGGAAAGGCCACGAGUUCUCCAUUCCCUUUGUGGAGAUGAAGAUGAGGCCGUUCAACUUCCGUAGCAUCAGCAGCAAGAGGAGGCGGUCUGCCCCUGUAUAAACCCCCCCGCCCCCCCGCCAGCCCCACAGUCUGGAUAAAUGGAGUUCGGACAAUGUUUAGCAACGAGUGUCUGCCAUCCGCACCUCACUGACAGUACAGGCAUGUUGAAAUGUGUGCCGGGGCUCUUCAGUGAGGAGGCUGCAAAGAAGAAAUAGGUUAUCACAAAAAAAAGGUACUAAUAUUUGAUUAAUAUCCAUUUGUAAAAUAAUACAAUGAACCAUUAAUAUACUACCAACAACCAGACGCUGUUAUGAGCAUGGAUGUGAACAUAUGAGUACAAUAGCAGCGAAGGUGAAGCAAUGUCCGAACUCUGAGUAUCUUCACUCCGGCCCAGCUUUAGCUGUCUUUCCCUGCUGUACUUCUACCCAGACGAUAGAAGGCACUGUAUGUAAUUUAUUUAAUACUUUGAAUGACAAUGGUUUCAUUUGCUGUAGAAAUUGGAAGGCAAACCAACUUUUUCUUUUUCCACUUUUUGGUCUGUGAUUUGCCUUUCCCUGGGGUUGCAAGGAAAUGUGCUCAGAAAGGUCCUCAAGAGUUACGUUUCAUGAAAAAUAAACUGUAUAUGCCAUCGAAACCCUUAACUGUAAGAUAUAUAUAUAUUUUUAUAACUGAUAUUGUGACAGAAGUCCCAUCUAUUUAAUAUGAUUUGAUGCCUUGGUUUAUUUUAGCCGAUAUCAAGUUGAUGUAAUCAAACAACACGGUGAGAAAUACUGAACAAAAGAGAGAAAAUAACCAUCAAAAAGCAAAAACUGAACGUUCAGCAUCGUCACAUUUAAAGCCUUGCACCAGCAACAGCUUCACUGUCAUCUAUCUCAUUUCACCUGUGUUUUAACGGUAAUUAUUGAAGCGGAAUGAAAAUAAACAUUCAUAUUCUAGUUUGCCACACUGAGACAGUAUUUGCACUAAGAGUGGGAACACAGCAAAGCUAUUGUUCAUUUAAAUUCAAUUGAUACGUUCAUUUGUUCACGGGCUUUUAAUACCACGUUCAAGUCAAUUACAAAAACACUUAACAUGUAUUUCACCCCCGUUGUCGAUGCUGUGAUUGCUUGCAGAGAUGGUGCCGAUAGAUGUAACGUUUAACCAAAGAUCUGCAUAAUUAAAGAGUCCGCCUGCUGUUUGGAGAGACGCCAGUCAAUUCUGUCACCAAAGCCACUAAGGCAGCUUAUCCCCCGUGUUAAUAGAUUCUCACUAUUCUGAGACUUUUAUGAUAACCGUGUCCCCGGGCGUUACUUUAUGCAAUGUGGACACAAAAUUUCUAUGCAAAAGAAAGUCAGGGUGGGCACACUGCAGAUUUCAGGCUCGCCUCCCCCCCACAGCUAGCUGAAAUGAACUCAACAAAGAGGCCAGAGCAGUCGGUGGAGUGGAGCCAAGCUUUUCCUUUGUGCCCUUAUUUCACUCGCUUCGCUGUUUAAGCUCCCCAGUGGAACAACGUAAUCAGCAAACAUGGCAGAGAACGUAUUCUUUUAGUGGGGCGGACGUAAUCUGCAGCAUGCCCACCAAGAACCUUCUUUUAUUCAGUGUUCUCACUGUUGCACAAAGUGCUCAGUGCUAGUUAGUUGACUGUAGUUUUGUUGUUGUUGAUGUUUUUUAGGUUCCUGCCCAGUGCAGGAGGAAAAAGUUCCUCUGGAGUUUGACCACAAACAGCAAACAAAAGGCUAAUUAUCCUCUGUGGUCUCAUUCGAUCAGUGAAAAGAAAACUGCAUUUGUCCAAUAUUGUACUUUGAAAUCAAUAUCACCAUCGCUUCAAGCAACAAUAUUUUUACCUCUGCGAACAGCUGGAAAUGCUUCUAUAUUUCAGUUAUAAUAUUAUAUAUUUCAGUCAGUUUCCUCCAUUCAGUUCCCAUUGAAGUGAACCAGCAAAUCUGGCUUGUAUCAUACGACUGUGGAUAUUUUUGUCCUUUUUUUUUUGAUCUGAAAACAGUAGUGACCCUCCCCUCUAUGAACUACUGCUAAUAUACUCGUGUAUAUAUAGAGUCGAAGACACUGUGUCAUUUGAUGUGUUCCCCCUUAAACUGCAAACUAAUUCAUAAAGCCCACUAAAACGUUUCCACUUAACCACUUUAUUGUUAGCCAGUGUUGUUUUCACGGGUGGAUGGAGCCCGCUGCAUGUCCUCUUAAAUUGCAAUCUUGAGCCCAAUGGUAAAUGUCAUGAGAUCAUGUUUUAAUUUCUUUUCUUUGCCGCUCUGGGUCAAAGUUGCUCUUGAAACGGUUUGUGAGGCAGAAGAUGUGGAUAACUCAGAUUACCGGGUCCAACUUAAUCUAAGACAAACAGUUUCAACACGUGACCGUCGCCAGAUCUGAGUUACAGUCUGUUUCAAAGCCUCUCAUGCAAUCCAUCUCCCAAAGGGAUUUAAAGUAGAGUAGGAAAAUUCUCUAUGUUUUUAUUUCAUUAACUACUUAGAUGACGUUUGCCUCCGUGUAUUUUUGUACAAGGAACAAAGGUCCUGACGCUUUGCAGAAAGAGAACAGAAUGUUAUUUGUAUCGUGAGGGAUUUCUCUCAUGGCGACCUGUACGAGACGAAAGCCCGUGGAAUAUUCAUGUUUAUUCUAUGUACUUUUCCAAUCAUCCUCCAUCAAUUUAAGCUGUUUCUGGCAAUCAACGAGAAAAUCACCAAAAGGAAAUUGAUUGAGUCGAGCUGUCCCGCUGUAGGAAAAUGUCACUUUAAAUCUCUCCUAUCUUUUUAUUUUAGGCUUAUAACCUAUUCAUGUAUGGGGUUUUUUCUUUGAAUAGUUGAUCUGUUACCUGGGACAAACACCACAUUAUGUACAUUAUAGUAAUUAAAACGCAUUAGUUUGAGCUUUCAAAAAAAAAUACAAAAAAUAAAACUUGAACAAAUGCAUCUGUCAUGUCAUGACAAAGACAUGCCUGGAUUAGCUGAAGAGCCCGAAUUAUCUUAUUUGUGUUUUGAAUAAUGUGACUGUAUUCCCUCCAGCAUCACAUAAGCUCAAGUAGGUUGGUUUUCUCAUGACAAGCCAACUGAUCAAUUCCUUUUUGUUUUAUCUUCUAUCUGUUGUGCUUUUCAUUAUGUGAGAUUUUCUUUUCCUUCAAUCUGCUGUACGACAUGGGGUUUGAAAAGAGCAUGUCCUCCAUUAUUCAAUCAUAAAAGUCUGUCUGAGUCACAGAAUUAACUCACACUGCAACCGUUUGUUUUUCCUGAGCUUCUCAUGUUUAUGUAUUUCACUACCGUUUAUUAUUUAUUUUUCCGCAAUGUGACUGACGCAAAAUUGUAAGAAAACAACAAUGUUAAUCAAGACACCGGGUCCGUUAUGGUAUCAACAUUUAAAAAACUGCUUUAUUUCAUGGGUUUACUUUUAGUAGUUGAUUAACUGAUAUUACCACAAUGUUUGGUGGUAUUUCUUAUACAAGCCAGGUGCCGUCAAUGAUUUGAAAUCUUGCCAUGGAAAUGAAAUGUAAAUUUCGACAAAAAGUGAUCUUGACUGUUUGAGAAGCUCAAAUAUACUGAACCUGCAGAUUUGUUGUUGGAUAACCUUAGAUAUUACUGUCAAAUUUAGCUCUAGUUUGAACAUGUACUAUAUAGUUCCUUUUUUAUUGCAUUUUCUACAUAUUAAUAAAAUAUUAAAAUAGUCUGA